UACAUGCUGCCGCUAGGUGACAUCAUACGCAAAUACGGUGUUAGCUUUCACUGUUAUGCUGAUGACACUCAACUCUACAUGCCCCUAAAGCUGACCAACACGCCGGAUUGUAGUCAGCUGGAGGCGUGUCUUAAUGAAAUUAAACAAUGGAUGUCCACUAACUUUUUGCAACUCAACGCUAAGAAAACGGAAAUGCUGAUUAUCGGUCCUGCUCAACACCGACAUCUAUUAUUUGACAACCAAACAAUUACACAAGGCGACUCGGUAAAGAAUCUGGGUAUUAUCUUCGACCCAACUCUCUCGUUUGAGUCACACAUUAAGAGUGUUACUAAAACGGCCUUCUUUCAUCUCCGUAAUAUCGCUAAAAUUCGUUCCAUUUUGUCCACAAGCGACGCAGAGAUCAUUAUCCAUGCGUUCGUUACAUCUCGUCUCGAUUACUGUAACGUUUUAUUUUCGGGCCUCCCUAUGUCUAGCAUCAAAAGAUUACAGAUGGUACAAAAUGCGGCUGCUAGACUUUUGACAAAAACAAGAAAGUUUGAUCAUAUUACGCCUAUACUGGCUCACUUGCACUGGCUUCCUGUGCACCUAAGAUGCGACUUUAAGGUUUUACUACUUACGUAUAAAAUACUACACGGUCAAGCUCCUGCCUAUCUUGCCGAUUGUAUUGUACCAUAUGUCCCGGCAAGAAAUCUGCGUUCAAAGAACUCCGGCUUACUAGUGAUUCCCAGAGCCCAAAAAAAGUCUGCGGGCUAUAGAGCGUUUUCUAUUCGGGCUCCAAUACUAUGGAAUGCCCUCCCGGUAAAAGUUAGAGAUGCUACCUCAGUAGAAGCAUUUAAGUCUCAUCUUAAAACUCAU